CAAACUGCAAUGUUGGCGCCUUGACGAAACGACCAAACAUGGCCGUCACCAUUGACAGUCGAGAACUUUUCAACAGUCUGUCAACAAAAAUCACACAAUUAUCGUACGGACGCGCUAAAAACGACCGCUCUGUGAUAAAUUCAACCCUUGACGAGCUAAAUUCUUUCAAUUAUAAGUACCCAAUCGUUGCAAACCCGACUAAAGCUGUCCUUUUGGUAAACCAAUGUUGCUCCUUGAUACCGCCCGAAGACGACGAACUCGUGUUGAAAUGUUGCCAGUUAAUUACCAAUUUAAUUACGCGCCAGAAGGUGGUCAUAGACGGACGCACGCUCACUGUGACCGUUUUGUGGUGCCUCCAAGCUUUAAAAGACCAAGACUCCAGUACGGACCUCCUUGUUGCCUUAGACGCCCUACUGCGUGCAAAUGCUGGACAUGAAUUAAUUACCGAAAUUGUGAAAAACAGUACGCUCCUGAAUUUAGCAAAAAAUGAGCAGAAGCCGGAAUUGGCAUUCUUUGCCCUUCAGUGUCUUGAAGCGUGCACGAUACCUGCCGAUGAUACUAAAACCUUACCUCCAGACGAGUUGAAAAAUGAGUUUCAAACCAGUUUUGAAAUUUUUUUGAAACACACAGUUAAAAACCAUUUUAAAUUGGAUAAAUUGAUAAGUGCGAAAAUCUACAUUGUUUGCUUGAGGGGGUUGCAAAAUGUAAUCAAGCAAAAACCUGAUUUGCUCUCCGAUAAUUUGGGGAUAAUACUAGGGGUUGUAAAGUCCUACAUGUUGCUCGGAAUUUCUGGAAUUGAGUUUGUGAAGCCGCAGAAAUUGAUGCCUUCGCCUUUGAGUGUCCCUGAGACUAGCACGACUGAGUCUAGGGGGAAAGGAGGAAAGAUGACUAAGCAAAGAAAGCCCAAAACUCAGCCCACAAUUAUGAAAACUCGAAAAUCGGAAAAAUGGGACGAUGACACUGGUGGUUACACUCCCGCUGUAACAAUGAACACCGACGAAUCAGUGCCUAAUUUUGGCAAUAGUGUCAAAACAAGCGACUCUGAUUUUUCCGACACAGAGGGCGGAAAUCUAGCGAAACUAAACGUAAUGAAUGGAAGGGUGCGUCAGGCAGCCCUUGGCUUAUUUUUACACACAAUUAAGCUAACACACAAGACUGUGAUUUUUUCGUACUGGUCGAGUUUCAUCCCCGAAAACCCGCUUUCCACCAAACACAACUUAAUGACUUGCAUACUUAAGGAAACGUCCAAUCGGGGGAGCAUGGCGGCUUUGAACGCCCUCCUAGUCCUACUUUCGCUGUCCAAAGUGUAUCUAGCACAGGCGGAAAAAGGCGAAAAUCUCGCCUUUACACCGUUCUCCGUCGUGUUGGGUCUAACAAUCAAAGAAUUGCACAAAUGUCUAAGUCUAGCAUUAAGUGCGCACUCGAUCCCUGUGCUAACAAUGGUUUUGAAGUGUUUCGCGGCUUUGGUCCAAGCCACGCCUUAUCACCGGCUAGCCCCCGGCCUUAUCACCAAACUGAUAAGGAACGUCAAACCUUUGGUCAGCCACAAAGACUCAACGGUUCAAGUUGCCGCUUUGAUCGUCCUGGGGUGUGUGUUAGCCUCGGAACCGAUCAUUCCCGAGUCACGGGAAGCGUUCCUCAAAACGAACGAACCCGAAACUCCAUGGCUGCUCCAUCGGUGUCUCGCCAACUUGGAGCAGGACAACGUCCCCACUCCAGUCAAACUCGAAUCGCUCCAAAUAAUCUCAGUCAUGAGCCGAAAUUAUUUCGAGGAUUUAGUCGCCCCCUAUUUGGACCACGUGACUAAAGCGCUCGAUUUAUCACUGGCUAGUAAAUACACCGACGUGCAGUUGCAUGCAGGACGUGCUGUUGACUUCAUAGGCCAGGCAAUGAGUCGUUGUGCAGCCCCAUGUCUCCACUUCUGGCACUCGCUCCUGCAAGGGUCACUCACGUCGCUCUUGCAAACCGAGCAGCCGGUUUUAAGGGCCAUAGGCUGCGAUUGUCUGGGGAGUAUCGGGGCGGAGGCGUUUGAGCAACUCCCCCGUGACAAGCAAAUUCUAUGUGUCACCCUCCUCUUUACCAGCAGUCGCGACGAGGAAAACGCCGUUAAGGGGGCGGCGGUUAGGGCUUUGGCCAUUUGUGUCCUUUAUCCGAGCUUGAGAGAGGAUUCAGGCUUUGUGGUGGAUACCGCAGAACGGAUAUACAGUGUGUUGGGGGAUGAGAAUUUCGCGGUUCGGGUUAAGUGUUCGUGGGCUUUGGGGAAUCUGAGCGAUGCGCUUGUUUUAAACAAGGGUUCAGCGCUUCUCGUGGACGAGUUUCCCAAAAGUUUGAUUUUGAAGUUGUUGAAAGGCACGAUUAAAGCGUCAAGUGACGGCGAUAAAAUUAAAAUGAACACGGUGCGGGCGUUGGGGAAUCUUUUACAAUUGAUUGACGAAAGUUUGAUUGGGGAACGAGAGUUUCGGGAUGCGGUGCAAGAGGGGAUUGGUAUUUUGGUGAAAAACUGCACCUCGGGGUCAAAUAUGAAGGUGCGAUGGAAUUCGUGUUACGCCAUCGGGAACGCCAUGAAAAAUUCAUUUCUUUUCUCGUUACAAAACAACUGGCAGGAGAGGGUUUUUAACUCGUUGUCCGACUUAGUGGUGAAUUUCCGUAACUUUAAAGUGCGGAUUAAUGCAGCACUUGCGCUCUCAUCGCCUCAGAAGAGAGAGUUUUACGGACGGUUUUACCAACCAGUUUGGGUUUCACUCAUUAAAGGGCUAGAAACGUCCGAAAACGUUGCCGAUUUUAACGAAUAUAAACACCGAGAUAAUUUGGUGGAACAAAUUUGUUUAACGCUUGGUCAUUUGAUGACGCUACUCACAAAAGAAGAUUUGGCAUUUAUUAAAGAUGGUGUUAAUUCUGACUAUUUAAACAUUCAGAUGAAGAGGGUUUGGGAAAAAUUGCUACCCGAAAAAUCGACUGUGCUAUUUGAUGCACAAAACUAUGUUACCAGCUUAAAAAACAAUCCCGACCUCAGCGAUGGGCAAAAAAAUACACUCGACUGUCUACACAAUAUUUUGAAACAAGAUUUAUAAAUUAUUUAUUUUUUAUAGAAAUAUACGAUUUUGUUUA